AUGUCUAAAAAAGAAGCUUUACCACGAGGUACUAUAAUAAGCAUCCGAAAUAAAUUCGGUAUUAAUAUAUCGAAACAGAAUUUACCUUCAACAAUAACCAAAUCUUCAUCACAACAAUUGAGUGAUGCUGUUGAAAAAUUUCUUAAUGAUGACGAAAUCUCACGAUUGACACCGGAUAAAAAACGAACAAUAGACGGAAAGCAAGUUCGAUUAUUAUUAAAUCACUUAGUUAAUCUUCAUCAAAGAUUUGUUGUGGAGACAAAUUAUGAUUAAGAAUUAAAUUCGUUAAAACAGCAAAUAUUCAUGAUAACAUAUGUAGAAUGGAUUAAGACAAAGAGUAAACGCGGUAGUGGUCUUAUUUUGACAAAAACAGAUAAAAUGGAGAUGUUUUGCGCGAAAUUCAGUAAAGAAAUAUUUAAACUUCGAGAACAUCUAGAAUUUGCUCAUGCUCAAUUUAAAGGUGCUAAACUUAUUCGACAAUCAGCAUUAACAAACAAUUGUGUUGUAGCUAUACAAUUAGAUUGA